UCUCGCCCGGUGACGUCCACACUCUGCGCCUCGCUCGCACGUGGCGGGGGGGAAUGGAGGGCGGAUGGGGACGCAGCCCUGGGCCCGGCCCGGCGUUAGCGCUCCGCGGGACGCUGAUGGCCGUCGGAGGUGGCAGCCGGCUGCUGGCGGCGCGGAGAGGGGAGCCCGGGGAUGAUACUCUCUUUGUGUUUGACUGCGCCAAUGUGGAAAAGAAGGCCUUAGGAAAUAAAGGACAGGAUGGACAAGCAACAGACAAAGGGAGCGAUAACAUCCUAGCUUUUGCCUUCUCCCCAUCAGGAGAUUAUUUUGUCUUGACAGAUGACAACAAACAUCUGAUUCUGUUUCGGACUAAGCCUUCUUGGGAAUGUGUUAGCAUCAGGCCUGUGAAUAGGAGAUGCACUUCACUCGUAAUUACAGCUGCUGAGGAUAAGAUUCUGGUGGCAGACAAAUCUGGUGAUGUCUAUUCUUACUCAAUAACAGAACCACAAGCAGAAGGAAAAUUUGAACUGGGUCACUUGUCCAUGCUACUGGAUGUGGCACUGAGUCCCAAUGACCGGUAUAUCCUAACUGCGGAUAGAGAUGAGAAGAUCAGAGUCAGUUUGACUAAGGCUGCUUACAACAUUGUAUCCUACUGCCUGGGACACGAAGAGUUUGUAAGCAAAAUUUUCGUAGUACCCAACUAUCCUGAUCUUCUGUUGUCAGCUUCUGGGGAUUGCACUCUAAGACUUUGGAAGUAUGAAAGUGGGGAAGAGGUAUACUGCUGUCAUCUAAGCAGCGUCUGUGGGCCUGAAACAACCAAAACGGACCAGAAAUACAUUGUCUCAAGAAUAGCCUACUGCUGUCAAGGAAGUUAUGUUGCCAUACUAUGUGACUGUAUUCCCACAGUCUACAUCUUUCAGCUUGAUGCCGUUGCCCAGCAGCUAGUUUACAGAGAGCAAAUCUCUUUGAAGCACAAAUGUUGGGACAUUGCAUUUGAGGAAACAGGAGAAAUCUGGAUUCUACAGGAAGACAAUGAGGCCCCUCUUCAGUUGUACAGACCAUGUGAUGGACAGUGGAAGUCUGUAACUGAUGAUGAAGGAUUGCAGAAGAUGUCUAAAUAUCUUCUUGACAACUGGACAGCGUUUGAAGGGUUUGUUGGUGCAGAGAGCCACUACAGCACUCUCUACAAGGCUUCAUUUGAUAACAUGGCCGUCUACCUACAGAGGAAAGAGGAAAGGAUACAGAAGCAGAAAAAGAAAAGGCAGGAUCUGCAACAUGAUGCUAAUGGACAAACCAAAAAGAUCAAAACAGAAGAAUCAUCACUAUGACAGUCUGUUGUUGGCUUCUAACUUUUGCCUUGCUGAAAGGAACUGAUUGGGCUGUAGACUGUUUUUAAAAGGACAAAGGUUAAUGGAAGAAGAUUUGUUUAAACUCAGAUUCUGGUUUUCAGGCAGCCCACUGUGGCAAUAUCCCGCUUGCAGCAGGUAUCUUAUAUACUGUAUGUCUAAGCUUCUAAGAGCAUAAAAAUGUCAGCAGUUCAGUUCUAGGGAAUCUCUGAUGCAUGACGUAUGAUUACUGGUUAUUUUCCUUGAAACAGGAUUUUCCUUCUGCCUACUGUGUUCAGGCUUGCAUCUUCAGGUGAAAGUGCACUGAUUAAAAUUGACUUUUUUUUCUUUUUUUAAAAAUUCUGUUAGUUAAUGUAACAAACACAGCGUAACUGGCUACGGGAAAGGGAAUAUUGCAGAAUUCUUGCUGUCUGUGAAAGGUUUUAGCUGAGGCUAAACCAUCUGUUUUUACCCUUUAUCUUCCUUUUAAUAUGGUAAGACUUCUGCCUGGCUUCAAUUUAAUGCUUCUCUUUGGAGGAAGGAGUGCAGAAAUAGGUUUUAUACACUGAAAAGCAAAAGUGAAAAGUGUCAGUCAACUUUAUGCUAUUGGAAGAUCGUUCUAUUGCAGUAUGAUCAUAGUGUGUCUGUGAAGAUGAUUUGAAAGGCCUGUGAGCAGUGCUUGGGAGCAUGUUCUGCUUCACUCAACAAGAACUCUUUAAUGUUAGAUUAGCCAAGAAACACAUCUUUUUGAAAAGUUAGCAGUGAGAGCCUUCUGGGGUCAAUUGCUGCCUCAUCACAGGGCAGAAGAUACGUGUUCAUCUAACAGACGGCAUCUUGGCUGUAUGAAAUAUAGUAUACUUCAGCUGCGACUGUAGAAUCCAGGUGUUGAAAACUGUACAGUUCAUUAAAGAUACUCAGAAUUAGCCUUUGAGUCAUAAUUUGUUCUCCUUGGUCUCUAUAUUUCUGUGAUCUCCUGAGUAUGCAGAUGCUAAUGAAUUUUGCCCUCGAAGUUUAGGUAUAUUAAUGUUGAAGGUAUAGCUGAGAUGUGGCUUGUUUUGAGAGUAUCAGCCAUUCUGCCAUGAAGCAGAACUUGAGCUUACGUCCGCUCAGAAUUGCAGUGUUGUCCUUAUUCUGGGUCCCAGAGGCCAAGUCUUUCUUAUGCUGCAUGAUUUCACAUGGAUUUUCAUAUUAGCUUCAUUUGAAAAGUGCAUUUAUAAGGAUGAAGCAUUGUGCUCAUUGGUACAGAGCCAAUGGUUCACUUUCAGGGUCUGAUUUCUUUCAGUGAUUCCUUUUAGUAGAGGACCUGUUGCCUUGGAAGUAGUCUAUUUGGAUAAAUAUUGCAAAGUGUCAAGAGCGAUGUUGGCCAUCCUGAUUAAAGGUCUCAAUUCUGUCAGGAGCUGCCUUGCUGAUAAUGGAAGGUGAAGUAGUUACUACUACACACACAGUUAGUGAAAUAAGGAUGCAGUGCAGUGUCCACAGGGAUAUCUGACAUGGACUAGGAGCUAGACCUAAGAUAUACUGUAAUUUGAGUCUUGCAAAGGACAGCUGCAUGUGUGAAGUGCUUUCGCUGUAUUUGGAGUACUUAAAUGCACUGAUGCAACUCUGACAAUGCACAUUGUUCUUUUCAAGAAAGGAUGAGAAAUUGCCAUCUGAAGAGCCUUAUAUUAUGGGUAUGAAUUAUGACUUGGAGGCUGAAAUAGCUUCUGUACUGUGAUGGUUUGUUUCUGGGGGGAUUGUGUGACUCAUAUCCUAAGCUCUGCCUCAUAGGUUGUGAUGAACAGUAAGUUCUUUGGUCAAAUGCCCAGAGUGCCACCCCUGAGCGGAAGUGUUGCUGCAUUUCUAGUGCAUUUAUAUUCACCCUGCAGCAGGGAGCUGCCAGGAAACCCAGAGGGCAGAGGAGAUGCCAGGCAGCUCACAGCCAAGGCAGUAUUUGGGAGCUGCAUCCCACCUGCAACAUGGCGCAUGGUGCUGCUGGGUUGAGGACAUGGUCCCACUUGCAGCCUUUGGGAAAAAAAGGGUGCUGCAUUGGGGGAAGGCAUGAUGGUAAUCCAGCCCUGGCAGCUUCCAUGGUGGGGAGCAAGAGCUGGUCCUGAUACAUGCUCCUGAGCAUGCUUUCCUGCCUUGGCUCCUGCCUGGAGCCUUGAAGCAUGAGGAAGGGACUGAAGGUGCCACAGCAAGUGCGAACCCGUGGUCCUCUCAUGACUUUCCAUGUCUCAGCCAGGUGCUGGUGUCUCAAGCAGCUCUUUUUUGGGGCCUCCUGCAGCCCCUGUGUGCAUCCCACUGGCUGCAUUCCCAUUCCUCUUUCAUUGCUGCUCGCCCAUCUUGUCCGGCAGCUGAGCCCCCUUGGCAUGCCUGCCUUCUGUAGGGCUGGCCUGCUAACCAAAUCCCUCCCCAGCAGGAGGAAGUCAUGGCAGGGACAUGACUCUUGGUCUAUGUUGUGUUUGUUUUGUUGGGUUCUCUUCUCUUCUGCAAACUCCUCUGGUCUAUUGCUUGGUGUACUACAAAGCCACGUGUGUCUGCUCUUUUGCCAUUUCCUAGGGACUGCUUCACUUGAAAACUGAUUUUCUUUAUGAGAGAUGAAUGCAGUCAGAAGCUGCUGCACACUGAUAAGCCAAGGAGUCUUUAAAAAUGCAAGUAAGGGAAAAAGUUGAUGCAAUACUGAGUUUUAUUUCCUUAGCAUUUUAAACUGAAAUAUAUUUUCCUCUUUACAUUGCUGGGAUUUCAUUGAAACCCUUUCAGCAACAGAUCUUUGAAGACUGACCUUUUGUCUCUCCUAGCACGAAGGGAUCCUGAUCAAAUGCAGUCAAGUAGCAUGCUUUAGAGCAGCCCUUAUUUUUUUUAACAAAGCUUGCUUUUUCUUGCAGAGUAAAUAUGCUAUCUGUAAGCAAAAAAAUGCUCCUUUUUAAAAAAAAAAUGUAAAAAAAUAAAAAAUCCCAAUUCUG